AUGUUGGGAAAACAUAUGCUGAGGUUAAGCAUACUAUUAUGUGUCUUCGCACUGCUAGUCCUUGGACAGGAUUGCAGUGCAAGCAAGCCUUGUGCUACAGGAUGCUGUUCGAAGUCUGGCUUUUGCGGAACAACUCCAGAACACUGUGGUGACGGAUGUCUGGCGAAUUGUGAUUAUAAACUUGGGUGUGAUGCAAACAACCCCUGCGAGGAAGGUUGCUGUAAUAAAUUCGGGUUCUGCGGACAUGGCCCCGACUUUUGUGGCAAGAAUGUCUGCGUUGCUGGAUGCGAACGCAAAUCGGAAUGUGAUCCCGGCUUUGGAGGAGAAUGGUCAGAGAGCAAAUCGUGUCCUCUGAACGUGUGUUGCUCAGAUUUCGGCUACUGCGGAACAACAAAAGAAUUUUGUGGCAACAAAACCGUCAAACACGAAACCUGCUCUAAAGAUCGCUAUAUGGACAGAGUCGUUGGCUACUACGAAGGAUGGUCUAGCCGGCGUCCCUGCCAUGCCUUCUGGCCAGAACAAAUUCCUCUCGGCGUCUAUAGUCACGUCAACUUCGCUUUCGCCACUAUUGAUCCGGAUACUUACAAAGUGACGCCGUCAGACCAUCGGGAUGUUGAUUUAUAUAGCCGGUUGACAUCUCUGAAAAGUUACGACAAGGACCUUAAGGUCAUGAUCGCCAUAGGUGGCUGGACAUUCAACGACCCUGGCCGAACUGCAACAGUUUUCUCUGAUAUAGCAGCCUCAGAAGCAAAGCAAGACAAAUUCAUUGCUUCAUUGAUCUCUUUCAUGUCUACACAUGAUUUUGAUGGUAUAGAUCUGGACUGGGAAUACCCCGAAGCCGACGACCGUAACGGAAAGCCAGAAGACUUUAAGAAUUUCCCAAAGUUCAUGGCUAGGCUGAAAAACGAACUGAAAAAGACCCCUGGACGAAGCGAACUCUCCAUCACGCUACCGGCAUCCUACUGGUAUCUCCAGCACUUCGACCUCAAAGAGCUUGCUAAGCAUGUUUCAUUUUUCAACAUCAUGUCAUACGAUCUGCACGGCACCUGGGAUCAAGGGAAUAAAUGGACGGGUGCGUUCCUCAACGCUCAUACAAACUUGACAGAAAUCAAAUCUGCUUUGGAGCUGCUUUGGCGCAAUGAUGUGAAAGGAGACCAGGUCGUCAUGGGUCUCGCAUUCUAUGGCCGUUCAUACACAACCCAAGGCUGUGUAGAGCCUGGAUGUGUGUAUGCCUCCGGAGGUCUUCCAGGGCCAUGCAGCAAUGAGGCAGGCAUCCUUCUCAACAAUGAAAUUAUGGAUAUCAUCCAUGACAGAAAGCUGGUGCCAAAGCUGUACAAAGAGGCCACGGUCAAGGUUGUCACUUGGGAUGAUCAAUGGGUCUCUAUGGAUGAUCGAGAGACUCUAGCCAUGAAGGCCAAUUUUGCUCGUCAGCAAUGUCUCAGCGGGUUGAUGGUCUGGGCGAUCAGCCAUGACACUUCAACGGCAGACUUUUCACGUGAUCUAGCAAUGGUGUCAAACCGCCAAGUGUUGAUGCAACGAGCCGAAAUUGACACCGAUAUCAUCACAGAAAGGACCAACCAUAAGCAAUGCCACUGGACCAACUGUGGAGAUAGCUGUCCCGCAGGAUGGCAAAUGAUCAAACGCGAAGACGAUUGGAAGACAACGAAUCCUGAAUACAUGAUAGAUGAUACCCACUGCGAGGGACAUGGCUCGCGCUCCUGGUGUUGUCCUCCUGACGCCGAACUCCCAAAGUGUGGCUGGUAUAACUUCAAUAGAGGCAAUUGCAAGCCUGGCUGUGAGGAUGGAAUGGUUGAGAUUGGCUCGACAACAAACGGAUGCAAAAAGGAAGAUCAAUACCAGUCGGCAUGUUGCUCAGUGGAAGACGAUUAUGGAAAUGGGUUGAGCAGCAUGGCAGUCUACAAUACCUGUGAAUGGUCGAAGGAGAAUCCCCAGUGUGACGAUGGCAAGUGCUCUGGGUCAAAAAGCACAAUCCUUGGACAGUCCGGUCAAGGGAGCGGUGAUGUCUACUGUUAUGCCGGGGACGUCUGGGGCGAUCAUUGGCCAAAAAUUCAGCAUACCUUACGGAAAUACUGCUGCAACACAUCAUCUAAGAGCAACCGCUUUGAGAACUGCGAAUGGCGAAAUGACGUGGGUUUGCAUUGGGUCGGCCAAAGUUGCUUCUCCGGAUGUGACUCCAAUCAAGUGCGCGUGGCGAUGGACGGCUUUAACGAAGGCUGCUACAAAUCCGGUGCCCGAGCAUACUGCUGUGAUGCAGUCAGUUACACGGAGACUGAGCGCAUGUCUGAUGACCUGCAAAAAUUCAAAGAUGCACUCAUUGACUGGACAAUAGCUGUGGAAUGUACGAAUUAUUACUACUCCGCAACACCAGCCAAGUCUCUAAGUAUUCGUGAGGACGAUUGCGAGAUCUUUGCGUCACAUAUACUUGUUGCCCACCUGGUUGAAAUCCUCAUGGGUUACGAGUCCAAGCAAACCACCCACUGGCAGCGCUUGGUCAAUAUCUGGAACGAUGUCGUAAGUAACCAGCUCAAGAAUUUGAACACCCGCAUUAUGCUUCCGUUCGUUUUCUCGAAUACCUCAUUUCCAGAGCUCCUCGCAAACGGUUAUCAAACCACCGCCAAAAAUAUCCUAGAUGUUCCCGAUUGGUAUGAUAAACGAUUUGGAAACAAGGAUUCGGGGAUAACAUGCUCGAAGAGCCUGUGCGACUAUGAAGAUGGAUUCUGUGACCAGACCGACGACGACGACGACGACGACGAUAUGUUUACCCGACGCGACCUCCAAUGGCAAAAGGACAAUGGACCUGUCCUACAGAAGCGUGCCAGCUCCAAGCCGAUGGACUUCAUAUGUAUUGGUAAAGCCGGCGUGGAAAGAGUUUUGGCGUUCACCCGAUUUGCUUAUCCUGGCCCAAAGGAUUGGUUACAACUCAAGGCCAAAAAGCCAGAUCCAAAAAAACAGGUAACGGUCAAUGAAGCCGUCGACUACAAUGAUGACAAGGAUUGCGGGGACACUGCUAUACAAGAACGACAAGCGACGACUGCGGAGCUCGACCCUCCAAAAGGAAAAAAAUCUAGGUUCAACACGGAUCAUCUCCUCGAGAUCAAGUUGAUUCCCAAGUUUAUGCUAUGGGCUAUUGGGGCGGGGAACUGUCCUGUUGAUUGCGACUUCUUCAUCGAUUACUUCGGCGAAGAUAUCAUCCCCAAGACUGCAGAAAAAACACCAGGAAACAAUCUUAUCCUCCAAAAGCCUAUUGCGCGAGUAAUGGAGCAACUUGGAAGCAAAACCAACUUCGAUGUGUUCCGGUUGAUGGACUCAGCUUUGAACGCAGUAAAAGGCGACCUCUGGAGUUUUGAUCGCCCACAAAACACCGCAUUUGAUGAUGCCACAUGGCUGCCACUUGUCGACUCUGAUGACAGCUCUAAAGCUUUAACCUUGCUACGAAGCGUCUUUUCCGUCUAUAAUUAUCAAAAUUCAGAAAAUUUUCAGAAACGAUUCAAUAUUGUCUACAAGAAGAUUCGUGGCGAGUUAGAUUUGGCUGCAACAGAAUACUUCAAACUUUCUGGAAAGGCAGUUGACCUUGGGGAGUGCUGGGAUCGCUUUUUCAAAAUCCAGAAGGACUUGAUGGUGAGCUUUGGAAGGAAAUUUGUUGAGAAAGGAAUCGAAGAGUUAGCUACUCGGUGGGCUAAUGAUUCGGACAAGGAGAAAGCUGAGGUGGUUAACCAGGUGCUGAAACAGUUGAGGGAGAAGAUGGGGCAGAUCUAUAUGAAUGAUUUCAAAGCAGAGUAUCAACCAUCAUGGAAGUGA